CAACCCAGGAUUCAACCCAUGAACGCAUUGCCAGUAUGGCUGGGGUAGAUGGUCUCUGCUCCUGACAUCUUUAAGGCAAGAUAUUUAGAGAAAAAGAGAGGAGCUUGCUGGUGUUGUGCCUGUGUCUGCAAUGCUUACCUGGCCAAAGGGGCUGCUGCAGCUGCUUCUGCUCCACACCGCCUGGAAAAUGGGGAGUGGCCAGCUCCAUUAUUCUGUGCUGGAGGAAUCCCAGCACGGCUCCUUUGUGGGCCGCAUCGCUCAGGAUCUGGGGUUGGAGGUGAGUGAACUGGUGCCUCGGAUGUUCCGGAUGCUGUCCAAAGGAGAGAAGGACUAUUUUGAGGUAAACCUGCAGAAUGGGAUCUUGUUUGUAAAUUCCCGGAUAGACAGGGAGGAGCUGUGUGCCAAGAAUGCAGACUGUGUCCUUCAUCUGGAGGUGAUUGUGGAGAAACCUCUGAGGUUCUUCCAUGUGGAGGUUGAAAUCAAAGACAUUAAUGACAAUGCUCCCAUCUUCUCUACCAGAGAACAGAUCCUGAGCAUAGCAGAAUUUGUAACAUCUGGCACCCAGUUCCUAAUAGAAGGUGCAUCUGAUUCAGAUAUUGGUACUAAUGCUCUGUUAACUUACACGCUCAGUGCAAACAACCAUUUUGCUCUUGAUUCAGAAAGUGAUGAAGAUGAGACCAACUCUGUAGUACUUCUAUUGAAGGUUCCACUUGACAGAGAGGAGAGCCCUGUGCAUCAUUUAGUACUGACAGCCACUGAUUCGGGUGAACCAAAACUCACAGGAACUGUUCAGCUCCUCAUCAAUGUGCUGGAUGUGAAUGACAACCCUCCUGUCUUUAACCAAUCUGUUUAUAGGGUAAAGUUGCUAGAAAACACAGUCAGUGGGUCAUUAGUUAUUAAUCUGAAUGCUACCGACUUAGAUGAGGGGAUUAAUCGGGAAAUCUCUUAUGUUUUUAGUAAUAAAGUACCUCUAUAUUUUAAAAACACAUUUGGUAUUAAUUCUGAUACUGGGGAAAUAAAGUUGAUUGGAAAAUUGGAUUAUGAAGACACAAAUUUCUAUGAACUUCAUAUUGUUGCAGAAGAUAAAGGCAGUCCUCCAUUGUCCAAACAAUGUAAAGUUCUUAUUGAGAUAUUGGACAUAAAUGACAAUAUUCCUGAAAUAUCUGUCAAUUCUGUAUCUGUGCCAUUACCAGAAGAUUCUGCACCAGGGACUGUCAUAGCCAUCAUCAGUGCUUUAGACAAGGAUUCUGGCACCAAUGGACAGGUAAGAUGUUUUUUAUGGCCCACUGAAGUACCAUUCAAACUUGAGUCCACAUUCAAGAAUUACUACUCCCUGAUUCUUGGUGCAACUCUAGAUCGAGAGCAGGUGGCUGAAUACAAGAUGAUUGUGACAGUGGAAGAUCAAGGUGUUCCACCACUGUCUUCCAGUCUCACCCUCUUAGUUCCUAUCAGUGAUAUAAAUGACAAUGCUCCAGCUUUCCCACAGCCCUCCUACACAGUCUUUGUGAAGGAGAACAAUCCCCCUGGUGCUCACAUCUUCACAAUGUCUGCCUCGGACCCAGAUGUAGCUGAGAAUGCCCUGAUCACUUACUGGAUAGAUGAGAAUCUCUGGCCAUUGUCAAGCUACAUCUCUCUACAUUCGGAGAGUGGAAAGCUCUAUGCUUUGCAGUCCUUGGACUAUGAGGAGUUGAAACUGCUGGAGUUCCAGGUGAGAGCCAAGGAUGCCGGAAUGCCCUCCUUGUGUGGCAAUGCGACUGUUCAAGUCUUUGUGAUGGACGAGAAUGACAAUGCACCUGUUGUGUCAGGAUCAUCAGAAGAGGACCUGAUUCUUCUAGUCAUUCCCAUGAUGCCUGGGCAUAUUGUAGGCAAGAUUCAUGCCUUGGAUGCAGAUUCUGGAUACAAUGCAUGGCUAAGAUAUGAACUAGUUGAAGAAAGUAGUGGGCCUUGGUCUGUUGGACAGUAUAGUGGUGAGGUGAGUACCAAAUAUCCUCUGGAUGAGUCAGAAGAAAACAAAAUCCAGAAUGUGUUGAUUGUGGUGAAGGAUCAUGGAAAGCCUCAACUCUCAUCUACAGCUACACUGAGUAUGUCACUGGUGAAAAAUGCCCAGGCCAUCCUAACAGAAAUUCACCUUACCAAGUCAGGGGAGAGCUUUGUGCCCCUGGUGGACUCAAUCAAUGUCUAUCUGAUUAUUGCCAUCUGCUCUGUUUCCAGCCUCUUCUUGCUGGCAACUCUCAUCUACGUGGCUCUGAGAUGCCACUGCAAGGCAACGGAAUCCAUGGUUUAUGGUCCCGGCAGGGCCACCCUGGUCUGUGCUAGUGAAGUGGGCAGCUGGUCCUAUUCUAAUCGCCACAGCCACAUCCUGGCAGGUGUGAGCGCAGAGGCUGGUGCCAAGAGUGACCUUAUGAUUUUCAGUCCCAACAUUCCUGUCUUUGCAGAUAAUGGGGAACUUAGGAAUGGGACAGAAUUGAUCCCAGAUUCAGCUAAAGAGGUUGUCACUUAA